UUUGUGGGGAGCUGCGCUGAGCGCUGGGGCUGCUGCCGCACUGGGGCGGGGGGGUGGUGGCCACCCACUGGGUGCUGGGGGGACUGGGCAGCCGGAAAGGACAGCGGAGCCCCAGAUCCGCUGCGGGACACCCCGGGCGGCUGAUGCUGGGGUGGCUGCUGGUGGUGUUGGCGGCGCUGGCGCGGAAUGGCACCCCCACGGCCCCCAGCUUCUCCUGCUGGAAGCAAUGCGGCUCCCGCUGGUUCCUCUGCUCCUGGCCACCCCAUGGCCCUGCCGGCAACACCUCCUACCUCCUGACGUUCUGCUACACAAUGCCCAGGCUGUGCCAGCGGUUCAAGGUGGGCACAAGGACGACAUACACCCUGAAGCAUCAUCAGGUUUACGUCCUCACCAACGCCACGGCCUGGGUGGAGGCACGCUGGGGGGACCACUUCCACAGGACCCCCAACCUCACGCUAUACCUCAACAAUGCUGUCAAGCUGGAUCCGCCUCCUGCCGGGAUGCCCUUCAACAAGUCCGGCGGCUGGCUGCAGCUGCAGGUGCCGUGGCCACCGUGCCACAGUGGGAGCCAGCCACCGCAGUGGGAGGCUCGCUUCCGGAGGAUGGGUGACCGUGGCUGGCUGCAGGUGACGUGCAAGAUGGCGAUGGCCAAGGACAACUCAGUGACCUGUGCCCUGGGGGGACACGGUGCCUUCGAGGUCCAGCUCCGGCACAAACUCCCCCACUGGAGCAGCUACUGGAGCAACUGGAGCAGCUCCAUCUUCGUUCCUGAGGAAAUCCUGGCGAGUCCGGUGCUGAGCUACCAGCUGGGAAAACUGGGGAGGGACGGGCAGCGAGUGCUGAGGCUGGCCUGGCAGCCAGCCCCCGAGGAGCAGGGGCACGUCACCUACACGCUGCGCGCCCGCAUGCUGGCAUGCCGCUGCACCAAGUCGGCCGAGGAGGACGCCGCGGUGCUGGGGACAGAGGUGACGGCGCACAACCUCACCCUCUCCGGGGCCGAGUACGAAAUCUUGCUGAUGGCGGCCAAUGCUGCCGGGAUGGGGCCAACGCAGCGGCUCCACGUGCCGGCAGAGCAGCAUGCAGAUCUCAGCUUCAAGGAUGUCAGCGUGGCUGGCGGCACCGUGACGGCGUGGUGGGAAGCACCGAGCCCUGGCUUGGUCUACUGCUUCGAGCAGCAGCCGCUGUCAGAAGCCCCGAAACGGGGCGUUUGCAUCCAACAGGAUUUCCCUGCCAAAAGCAUCCACACGGAGAGAGGAACACUGGAAGCGUCGGCAUGUUACCGCCUGGCUGUGCAUGGCUGGACCCCGGCAUGGGGCUGGUCCACCUUUGCCACGCGGCACCACUACGCCGGCAACGCCUCACUGGUAGUGCCCAUCCACAUCAACGCCAGCGCCAGGGAUGCCACAAUCGUCCUCCAGUGGAGCUCCUCCGCCCGUGCCGCCUGUCCCGGGGUGCUGGCCAAGUACCUCAUCUGCCACGCGGCUGAGGGAGAGAACGUGACCUACGCUGAAGUGGACACCACGGCAUCGCACUACACCCUCCGAAAUGUACGGUCUGGCACAGUCUACAGGGUGGGUGUUCAGGAGGUGAUGGCAGAGACCCAGGGGACCUGCAGCCCUCGGUGGCACUUCCAAACCAAGGCACUGGGUCCCCAGGGAGCAGCAUGGAACUCCAACCUGAAGUACCUGGGCAUCUCACUGUGUCUCCCCGCCAUGGCUGCCAUCUACCAGCUGAGCAAAAAGAGGGCCCGCCGCCUCCUCCUCCCACCCCUGCCCAAGCCCAUGGGCAGCAAAGCCAUCCAGUUCUCCGCUGCUGAAAUGAGCCAGGGCCAGCCCCGGCCAGGCUUUGUGGAGCCCUCCGAGAAGUUCAGCCCGGCUGAGCUGCUGAUAACGGAGCAUCCUGGCAAGGAGAUGACCGACGUCGGCACGCGACCCGGCACGCCGCAGCCUGGCCCCACAGCCGAAGAACCGGUGGGCUGCGAGAAGGAGCUGCCAUUCGCCUACCGCAGGCAGGAUGUGCUGAGCCCGGUGGCAUUUCCACUGCCUGGCAGCACCAGCUGCACCAGCCACCCACCCGGCGAGGAGGAAGAAGAGGAGGGAAGGUGGGGGCUGUGCCAGCCGUUAGUCCCCAUCCCUCUGCUCAUCUUCGACAAACCCGUCAUCAUCAGGGACGGGAAAGGAUUGGACCCGUCGCUGGAGAAGUCGGACGUGGAAGGCAAUGCCUCCAGGAGCCGCGUUGCGUGGGGUCAGGAUCUGGCCACACACUUCCCAGCCUCAACCUCCCACUGGUGACAAACACGGAGAGAAGGCAGCUGCAGAGUCCGGCUGGUGCUGAGUGUGUUUCCUUGGAUCGGGGGAGCAGCAGAGCUUCAUCCCGGCUGGCUGCCUCCUGCUCUCCUGCCACAGCUGGGGCCAGCAUCAUCCCGGCAGGAUGGGGGCACAAACAGCCCCAGCACCAAACACCAGCUACUUGCAAAAAAAAAAAAAGUGUAGUGAAAAAAAAAGUGUAGUAAAAAAAAAAAAAAGGCAAAAAAAAAAAAAUUAAAAUGAAUACA